CAUAGGUCUACCCGAGAAGUUGAAGCAAUGAAAAUGGCGGAUAAAUCAGAAGCUACGUUGGAUGGGAAGCCUUUGCAAUCAUUCCGGGUCGUAGAUUUGCGUACGGCGCUUGCAAAACGUGGCUUGCCCAACAGCGGAACAAAGAAGGUGUUGGUUGAACGGCUCAAAUUGCAACUCAAACUGGAGAGCAUCCAGCAACAGUCGGUAGCAGUCGAAGGUCGUGUUCCAAACUUGGGAUUGCAAGAUGAGUUGCCUGCACAGAAUGAUUUUGUCCGGCAGUACCUUCUGGAGCAGCAGAAAGCUUACGCCCUGCAAUUGGAAGCACGUAGGCUUGCUGAGAAGAGCAAAGGUGAGUCAGCAGAGGAGCCUAUUACAGUACCGGUUAGGCAACGAAGCCCACAGAGCGCCACCCACCAUUGUGGGUCAUCAGCAAAAGCCACAUCUAAAGGCGUCAAACAAUCUAAGCGAGAAAGCUGGGAAAGGAGGCAGCAUUCUCUGCCCAUUGACCCCGGAGGCGGGGUAGCCCCUACCGAAAGCCCUGCAAAGGGAGAACCUACUGCAGAAGUUAACAGUCCAAUGAAGGCGAGGAAAACACGCAUCUCCUUGCGGCUGUCCAAGGGGCAUUCUACUCUCAACAACAUCAAGCUCAGCAUGCAGCUCCCCUCCCCUUCAUGUAGUACUAUUGAACAUGACGAUGAAGGAACAGCAAGCUUACAGCACUGCAGCCUUUUGGCAAAUGAAGCAGAAAACUUGGAGUCAAAUCAAGGCACUGAUACAAGUUUUGAGGAGCCUAAUGUGACUUCACAUACUGAAAGCACCAGAGCAGGCAGACGCAGACCAAAUCAAGCUUGUCAACCUGUGCAUUGCAGAAACCUGCCAGUACACCAGAAGAGAGGACAGGAAGAGAGAAGAACAUUACGUAGAAGAAUGGAUAGUGGCAAUAACCGAACUGGUGAGAUGCCAAAAGAAGCACAGAACUUGAUGUCGGAAAAUGCUUAUGAGCGAUAUAUCAGCACUGACAAGAAGCUGCAUUCGUCAUUUCCUAUAGUUGUAAUUACUCCAAUGGCAACAGAACAGAUGCAGAGCACAAGCUUCACUGUUGAUGGUGAUGACAGUAGGCAUUCAGAGAAUGCAGAAAGGCAAGAAGAAGUAGGUAAAAAUAUAGAGUAUCUCUCUAAAUCUGGUAUUAUUAGUCACAGUGACAAUAAAGACACUUGUGAGCCAGCACAUGUCAACAGUACUGUAGAACAGAAACAAGUGCCUUUUGGUGAACAAGAUUUGCAAACAAGUUCAUCUGUCUGUCUGCUCUCAGCAGUGCAUCCAGUACCCAGUAAUCAGAAAAUGUCACCUCCACUGAGCAUACAAGUAUCAUCGCAGGUUUCAAGAAUAGAAAGUUACAGUGGUGAGCCACAUAAAACGAGUGAAUAUCUGCAGUCUACAGAAGAACCACACCCAAAUAAUGUACCUAAGACAGUUUGUACAGACAGCGAUCAUCAAAAAACACCAAGCGACACUGAAGCACUUGGCACUGAUGAUUGUUUGCCAAAUGAAACAUCAGGGACACCUACAAAGCCCGUCCACAAAACAUCAUGUGAUACUUUUGAUGAUGAGACAUCAUUAAAUGUCACCACUAAUAUUCAGGUACCCCAUCACGAUGAACCUCACAAGACUGUCCAACUAUCCAAGUCCCUUGUCACGCUUAUUCAUGAUACCAGUGAAUCAUCUAACGACUCUCAAGUUGUUAAGCUUGAACCCUGCGUAAGACGUCCAUUAACUACAGAAGAGACCUCGAGUGCUGUGCAGUCCAUCUUGAAAACCUCUCAAGAUGAGUCUAUUACUACGUUACCUGAUAACCAUUACCCUCCAUAUCCAUCAACACACUUGUAUGACGACCAUGAAAUAGCAAGCGCAACUCACAGUCUGCUGCAGGAAAUGUGUCCAAAAGAGGAAGAAGAUUUCAGUUCUUGUCAUGGUGAGCUGUCCACAGAUGCAGCUCCAUUACCCUCGGGGGACGUACCCCAGGCUUUGGCAGUGUCUUUAAACAAUACACUAGGAAAAAUAUCUGCAGGUGAGGAAGUGAAUUACACAGAUGAUUCAGCAGCAUCACUAAUACCAGACACUGCAUUGUCACCCACUCUACCUAACCUUACCUAUACACCCAUGGAUCACAUUCACGAUAACUCUCUUAAUGUACAAAAUGAUGCAUUGAAAUGCAGCAGCGAAGCAGUCCAACAAACCAGUGAGAUGAAUAUAUAUUUAGACAGUGCACUGACCUCUUUGCCACAAGACACAUUAAUCCCACCAGUAGAGAAUUAUACCUCAAUAGGGAAGCACGAGAAAAGAAUGGAAGAUUCUGAGGCAGCAGAACACAAACAUGGGAGUGGUGAAGAACAAGGAAGUCACCAGGACCAGCAGAAAAAUGUAAACACAGCUUCAGCUCGGGCAGAUUUGGAAAUGAAGGACAUUUUGUGCUUCGCACAUAAAGCUGGUUCAGGUAGUGGAGACACUCACGGGCAUACAAUACGUGAAGGACCAGACAUGAAAAUGCAAGGUCCUACUCACAGUGAAGAUGAAAUGCCUGAGAGAGAGAGAGCCAUUUUUCCUGUUAUUGCUGAUGAGGGCCGCACUACAGCCCUUUCAGAAGACACUGACGAAGACCCAAAGGAAGUAUGUCUAAACCUUGGCACCUCUGAAGUUCCACAAACUUAUGCCACUGACAGGGCGAGCAAGGACUUAACAGUGCAAACCGUCAAUCUUCCAAGUGAAGAUGGAUCUGGUGAAGCAGAUCUGGAUCCAGUCUAUCUGCCAAGCGAAGAUGGGCCUGGUGAUCUGUUAUCUGGAUCUGGUGAAGAAGCAAGUAAAUUCACUGAAGCACACAACAUGAAAGCAGACAGAGGAACUGCACGCAAAUGUGCAUCACCACUAGGAACAUCGAAGGUUAUCAGCAUGACAAACACACGUCCAAUAACAACACAUCAGUGUGAGACAACGACGUCUGUUGAUAUGGCUACAAGCCAAGAAAUAUUGCAUGAUCUACAAAUGCCUACUGAGUUGGUUGAUGUUCCCACAAGUUCUCUGCAGUCAAGUACAGAGUCAGGUUUAUCUGCUAGUGAAAGAGACAAGGAGCUGGAUAAAGAGGAUACAGUAAAGGUGGCUUCAUCCCAGAUAAUAUCAGAAGAUGUUCCACCUAGUUCAAAGGCAGACAACUCUGCCGUAGAAGCUCUCUCUGGGCAGAACACAGAUGUGUUAUUGAAAAGUGGUGAUCAGUUCUCAAAAGAGCUUCACUUGUCGCAAGACCCAGUACCUCCUGACCGUCACAGCCUUCCUCCCAGCGCGGAAGAUAACACAGAUACACAGAGACAGCGUAUGGAUAUGUUACCAUCAGAUGUCCAUCUGAAUAUUCCAUUGCAAUGGAAUGCUGCACCUCAGGGUGAAAUUGAGAACGGGAUCCUACUUGAUAUUUCUGGAGAUACUAGAAGCAAUGAGGUUUCACCUAAAGGAAUGUGUGACCAUGCAUUGCAUGAUUCAAAGCAGGUUCUCAGAAUACAUACACAACAAUAUGAAGGUGACAUGAGAACCAAUAUGGACAAUAUAACUUCAUCAGAAACCGAAACACCUCAUUCAGUGGAAUAUGUAAGCCACCCCCUGCAAGAUGCUCAAAACCCAUUCCAAUCACUUUCAUCCUCACAAAAUGCAGUUUCUCCUGACCACCAAAGACACAGAGAGGAAUUGGAACCACAGGAACCACAGAGCACGAAUGUGGACGUAAGCGUUGAGACGCUUAUGACAAAAACUCAAAAAGAGAAGGAAGAUGUGCUAUCUCAGGGCACAUUAUCAGGGAAUGGCCAUCCCAGUUUGGAAGAUAGUUGCUCACGACAAGAACGGGAAGGAAGCACAACUGAGACAAGUACUAGUUGUGAAUUUUUACUGCAAUCAAAUGAGCCUAAAGCAGCUCACUACACUGUUGAGUGUUCUGAUCAACAAGCAAAUGCAGCUGCAAUGUUCUCUAAUCAACAGACAACCAUAGAUAGCAUCAAGAUAAUGCAGUCACCCGAAGAGGCAACACAAGUAAGUCUCGAUGCAGCCACUGAUGGUACUACAGCACUUGCAACCAGCACAGUUUGUGAAGAAACCAGAUCUACACAACGUUCACCAAUUGAUGAUUCAAACAAGUGCGCACAAGCAACAGCUCAAGAUACCUGUGGAGAAAACAAUGAACCAUCAUCAGUAACAUCCAUAAAGAAUAAAGUAGUUGUGGAGGAUGCUACCACUAACAGCAUACCUGGGAACCCAAAAGACAUGUUUGUGUCUGAGAGCAUCUCACAGCUUCCUGCAGGUGGAACUCAAGUAGAAGAAAUAGCUGCUCCUGAAAUGUCCACGACUAGCAUGGAGUCUUAUCCCCAAGAGUGUUCCAAUGAAGCCCUUCUAACAGAUACUAAGAAACACAUCCUUUUAGAGGGACCUCUGGAGCUUGGAACACGAAAGCUGCAACACAAAACAGACGGCAACAUAGAAGAUCCAAGGCUCCGAACACAUCGCCUACAAACUACAGAAGCUACAGAAUUAAAGUCAAGUACAAGUCAUGUAGAAGGUCUGCAACACACACGAUGCACACUGACAGACAGAACUUCUGGAGGCAGUAGUGUGAUUUCUGAAAGUGACUUAGGUAUGGCUGGGAGCUUUCAUGAAGCAGAUGUACAAAGCCUUGCAAAGGGUAAUGAAACUGUACAUUACAUUUCAAGCAGUUCUAUAAUGCAGCCCCCAUUAGUGCAACAGGGCCAUCCAGAAAUCAUGAAAGCAAGGCCAUCACCAAGUGCUUUAAAGAUCUGUGCAGACAAAGAAAGUGAAUUUCUUGUUUCUCAAACAGCUAACCUUAACAGACGCUCAGAUGUAUCAAUUGUGCAAUGUGCUACCGAAGCGAUAGCAGAUCAGGACAAUCUGCACCAUGAAUCUGAUACACCAAAGAACCGCACACAUACAGUUGUUAAGUGCAGGGGGGAAGGGGGAGUUGAAGCUCUGCAGCCAGGUGAGGUUUUGUCAUGUGCAGCAUCCUCAAAAGUUAUCGAGAACCCAAGCAUUACUUUUGCUUUGCAAGUUAGAACUCUGACAUUAACUGGUAUAUCUGACACUGAUGAAAUCAACACUUCAAGCAAUGACAGUUUCAAACUUAGUGAGACAUCCCUUCAGAGCCCUUCAUGUUUUCCUGAAAACACUGUACCAGAAAUCAAAAACGAGAGGAAUGCAACGGAACCUCAAGGAAAUGCAGAGGUGCACACAGCUACAGAGCAAACUGAGAAGUGUACAAACCAGGAAUCUACAGAGAUAACAUUGAAGAACGCACAUGAAGCUGAAGGACUUUUACACGGGGGAAUUGUAGAUCCCACGACCACAUCUUGUGAACCACAGCAAAGCAUUCUGGAAGACAACGAGUUAUCAGGGAGUCUUGGGGAUCCAAGUAUGCAAAAUCUUAGACCUGCAAAGUCAGAAUUACUUCCAGAUGUUAGCGACAACAAACAACUUAGCAACACCUCAGCUAAAGGGUACUGUGAUGUGUCGGGUCAAACUGCAGCAGAUACUGUGCGGCACAAGACACAACAUAUGCAAAAUGCCACGACAGAGACCACUGACAAAAAUACGCCGAUGUCGGCAACAAUUGUGAUGCUAACACAACACACUAAGAUAGCUGACCGGGGUGCCUUUGAGAGUGAAGGUAUGACAAGUGCCGCAAAAGAUCAAACAGGACCCUCUUGUCAUAAUGACGACGAUGAUACAGCAUAUAGAAAGCUUGAAGGACAAAACCUACGACCAGAUGAGCCGUGUACGGAGUUACCUGCUGUUAUGGACAUACAGAACAUUCUAGACAGGCAACUGCAUUCAUAUGGUCCUCUCACACCUCCGAAUGGCGACAAACCUUGUGUUUCGGCGAAUGAAAGUGAUGGUACAGAGUUAGUGGAAGCAAUGGAUGAGCCUCCUGCUGGUACACAAGGAGUAGAAUUGGAUAUACAUGCAAGUCCCAACCAACUGCGACACUGUGGAGAUGAGAAGCAUGCGGAGGACACAGCGUCCUGUGACUUCUUGAGUCAAGCACACACUUCUGACUGUUGCUCAGAAGAGGACGACAUGGCUCGGCUCAGAGGGCGUGGAACACGUAGACAAGUGGUGAAAGAUGCAAAAGCUGCAAAGGAGAACCAGGAAUAUGGAGUUUCAGAUGAAGAUUCAGAAUCUGAUUCGAAGAAGUCGAGGAGACUCCGUAAUGGUCGUAGGGCAGCUGAAGAAAGUGACAAAGGCAGGAAGCUGAGGAGGUCACCGAGGCAAGGCACACAGACAACUGUGGAGAACGCUAAAAGCAGCAGCAGCAGCAGCAGUAGCUCUAGCAGCGAAUCAGAGUCUGCCGAUGAAACUGUGCCUGAGUCUGAUGACUCUGCCAAGAAGAAAGUCCAGCCAGAAAAACCAGCAGAGGAAGAUUCCCAGCAAGGAGAUAGCAAAGGCCUCACACGGGAGGAGAGUCCAGCAUCGGGGGAUGACAGCGAUAGUUCUUGCAAGCACAGCUCGAGUCACCUAUCAUCACGCUCCCAGGAGGUGCAACAUUCUCUCCCUUCAGAGAUGCCCACAAGAGGUUGCUCUACAGAUCCUGUGCCAGAGAAAACAGAAGAGGAAUCAUCUCCCCCGAAGCAAGCAAGGUUGUCCCCUGUAAAAGAACAGCCUGAUAAUAGCAGCACAAGAGGUGUCCAUUCGGACACUUCUGAAAUUGACCUGAAAGAUUCCAAGUCUGGAGAAUUCCAUGAAGGGACAGCUGAUGCACCAGAUGGGUAUGCAAAGGAGGAUGCCGUGAGUGCUUCAUCUCCACCAAAAUUCAAAGCUAGGCGGUUAUCAACAGCUGCAAUCAAGAAGGAAGGUGACAGCAAAGAAACAGAUGACAAGCAACAGCUCCCUCGGAAACGGAGGUGGGGCUCUACAAAUGUCGUCAUCGGUCCAUCUCUCAGUAUAUCCACCAAUGCUUUAAAGAACCUGAUUCCUGAUUUGGAUGAGUCUGCAUCUGUCAAAGUAAAAGUGGAACGUGUGGAGGGGGAAGGAGUCAUCGGUGAUGCUUUGGCUUCCUCAGAUUCUGAGAAAAGCCAGCUUGAUGUGUCUACAAAGGUUCCUGUGGAUGAGAAACCUGCAACAAUCCCUGAGAAGAAAAUGAUCUCACUGGAGAAAACUUCCACUGUCCCUAAACGAAGUGUGGUCCCCCCAAGAGCAGCACCUGCUUCAAACAGGGAGGAUAAGCAACCAAGCCCUGCCAAGAAUCCAAAGUCUCGUACCCUUUUCGUGCGCAACCUUGUGCGACCUUUCACUUUGAACCAGCUGAAGCAACUACUCAAGGAAUUUGGCGACACUGAUGACUCAGAAUUCUGGAUAGACAAGAUAAAGUCUAAAUGUUUUGUCACGUACAUGAGUGAGGAGGAUGCUGUGAAGGCAAGGGAAGCAUUGCACCAGCUACGAUGGCCUCUGUGCAAUCCUAAAAUUCUGCAUGUGGAUUUCUCUACACCCGAAGAGAUGGCAAGACAGAAGGAACCUCCAGCCCCGCCAACACCCACUGCCCCUGCACCUCCCAGAGCUGUGGUGUCUGUAGAGAGAGCACCCGUUACAUACCCUCUGCGCACUGUGGAAGUUGACCGUAACUCUCUCCAGUCGUCAAGGCCAAGCCGAGAAGAAGCACCUGCCCAUGCACGAAGGACACGUCCCGAGACUACAAGAUAUGUGGAAGCUCAAGAGCCUAGAGGGUCUCCUGUUCCCGUGCAUACACGUGCACAGCAGCCAAUGCGUGAGUGGGACAGAGACAAGCUUGUCCAAGAGUCUCCCGAGAGGGCUCCACCUACUCCACCUAGGAGAGAACGCCAUUCUGCAGAGAGGAGGGAACGAAGGGAGAAGAAAGUGGCAAAACGUAAGCAGGAGGAAGACACGCCUGCAAAGCUGCUGGAUGACCUGUUUCGCAAGACGAAGGCAAGCCCUUGUAUCUACUGGCUUCCUCUCACAGAGGACCAGAUAAGGCAACGUGAGGAGGAGCGCCGCAAACGACAGCUUGAACGUGAACGUCGUCGUCAGCAGCAACAGCAGGAGGAGGAGGAACGCAGGCGCAAAGGCAUGGGCAGGGAACUGCCUUCCAGACAGCGAGAGAGGGACUCAAGGCGUAGCAUAAGCCGUAGUCCCAUCCGUAGGCGCUAGGAUAUUUGGCCCCCGUAGUCACAGUGGGCCCACUCCUCUGUCCUGCUGCAUGCAACUACCAACCAUACCCUGUGCAGUUACACAUUGGGAGUUUCUCGUCUAUGGGCAAGGUAGUAGCUUUUCCUGUGGGACGAGUGCUGCUCCCUCCCCUCUAUUGCCAUCUUCCACUUCCUUAUUGCACAUCCUUUGUCCCACCUGCCAGUGUGUUGCAGUGAUUUGUGCAACUUGUUCCAUAGUAUACUGUAAGGUUGCUGCAUCAGUUGUAAUCUUCUAAAGUGCUUAAAGGUGCUGAAUGCGUGUGUGUAUGCCAUGGCUUUGUUAGCUAGCUGUAAGACAUCAGUUUCAUUAUUGGUGUGGAAGAAGUGGCGUGUGUGUGUGUGUGAAUGUUUGCCCUCCUUACCACUUUCUCGAGCUCAGUGUUUCAGGACAACUAUUUGACGUAUUUACUGGACACAUAAGGUAAGUUCAUACUGGCUCGAGAAUGAUUUUCCUUGCUUCAUGCAGCUUAACCUUGGCCCAUACUUCCCUAUGUCUCUUGAUAUACCUGCUCCAGAGGGGAGGAGAGUUAGCUCAGUGCAGCCAUGGGGCACUAUGACAGAAGCAAUGAGAGAGAAAAAGAAAAACUUUCCUAUUUCUUCCCGUCGCCCCAUAGUCACUUGUCCUUCCCCGUUUGCGGAUGGGAAGAGUUGGUGGGGAGCUGUGGGGUUCUCAUGUGCGUUCCAGGCGAACCGAAGGACGGAAGAUGCUUCACCCUCCAAAUGCUGUGACCACAUAGUUGAUGAAACCAAAUGGCAUUGCAAUGUUGUGCAUCACUAUGGGAAGAAACUGCUCAACUAGUCUGAGCACAAAUGUUGCGCACCUCAUUCUGAACAUUCUUAUAAGGGACAGAUGGAUAUGUGCCUCCCCUGUGUUGAACUACAUUGUUUUCUGUCCGCUUGCUGCGUGAGGCAGGAUUGUGUGUGUUACGAGAAACUGUCGUCUGCUACUCACGUUUUAAGUGUCACACACGUCUACAUCGCUUUAUUGUUUGUCCCUCAUUUUUUUUUUCUUUGUUACUCUUCUCAAAGAUAGGCUUAUACUAUAAGCCUUGCACUGUGCUGCAAGUUGUUGAACAACUUGGUGGGGAGCCUUUGUAAAGGGUUAUUAGUGAAGAAUCCUGUUCUUGUGUUUCAUAGUAUCAUUGUGUAAUAAAUCGGAAUAUGUACAAGCUGUGUAUUUUGUUUCUGGAUAGCUAAAUCCAUUUUGUGUGUGUGUGCUUGCACAACCUGUUAUGUAGAGAUAUCCAUUAAUAAAGAUAAAUAUCUA